AUGUACGAAUAUCAAAUUGAGGGGAGGGGAAAGAGCAGCGAGCGACGGAGACGAGAAAACAACGACUGCGAUAAAGAGGAUUAUAAAAGCAGAGUAAUGGAUGCUCAAGCAAAGAAGAAGGCACUGUAUCGUGCUAAAUUGAAAGCGCAAAAGCAGGAUAAACGUAUUGAUUCUCCUCUCGUAAGGUACAAUGAAUCUGAUCAACCAGUCUGUAGGGUUUGUGAUAUUGUCCUAAAAUCUGACUCUGCUUGGGGUGCACACCAAAUAUCUGCUAAGCAUCGCGAGGCGAUUAAAAAUGUAAAAGCAAAUGCUGCUGCAGCUAGUAAGGUUAACAAUGUAAAGCCCGGUGGUUCUACAGAAUCUGGUAAAGUCAAACCUGUUGACUCAGUUAAAAGUCAAACCGAACCAGCUCAACCUAAACCUCAAUCUGUACUUCCUUCUGAUUUCUUUGAUAAGCCUGACACAAAAAGGCAAAAGAAUGAAAUCAGUAAUGCAAAGAUAAUGGAGAAUGAUAAAAAGAAGAAGGUGGUGGGUGGUGUUCAAGUUCAAGUUACAAAUGUGUUUAAUGUGGAUAAUAAAAGAGCUUCAGAGACCAUAGAUGAUGAGAUUGAGGGCUCUGAGACACGAACUCUUCCGGAAGGUUUCUUUGAUGAUAAAGAUGCUGAUCUACGUGCACGUGGAAUUAAACCUGUUAAGCUAGAUAUCAAAGACGAAUACAAGGAGUUUGAGAAGUUGAUCCAAGAGGACUUGAAGGAGGUAGACAAUCGGUUAGAAGAGGAAGAGUAUGACGCUGCUGAGAUGAUCGAAGAAGCUGAAACCGCAGAGCAAAGGAGUUGUAGGGAGAGAGUGGAAUUAUUCAAGAGGAAAAAAUUGGAGCUUAAGGCCACAAGGUCAGACAAGCAAAAGCAAAGUAAAGCUUCACAAGUGGUUGAGAAAGAAAGUAGUGUUGAUGAGUCAUCGAGUGACGUGGACAGUGAUGAUGACGUGGACUGGAGAGCUAAACAUUUGUAGACACAGUUUCCCUUGGUGAUUAAAGUUUUUGACCAAAUCCUUCAAGUCAAUGAGUGAGAGAUACUGGUACUUCUUGUUUAGACAUCACAUAUUUUCAAGUUCAUCAUCAUCAUCCUUGUAAUCCAACCUCCUAAUUAGUUACAAUUUUACCCCUAUGGUUUGUAU